UUUUUUUUUCCGUCGUUUCGAGUGUUCAAAGUGAAUUUUGAAUAUUUCAAGUCAACGUUUUGAAGAAACUCGAAAUUCUCUGCCUUUGUUGGGCUGUUGUUGAACCUGGCGAAAGAUGAAAAUCUUACCCGCAUCAAACGCCAGUGGAGCGUCGUCCACGUCGUCUUCAACAUCUUCACAAGUCUCCGGUUUAAAACUGGGCAUUGUCCGGCUUGGCCGCGCAGCUGGAAAGGUCAAGUACGCUCUGCUGGACGAGAGGGACAUUGGACUCGUUCAAGAGUACGCUUUCGAGGCCAGGAUGGACGUCGACCGGAACGGCGGUGGAGCUCGAAUAUUCGCUUAUGCCUACGAUGUCGCCCGAGGCCGAAGUUCGGGCGCUUACGUCCACCAACUCUUGUGGGAGAGGCACUGCGGAGGAAUAGCGCCAGGGUUCCAAGUCGUUCACCGCAACGGCGUUACGGUGGAUAACCGUCUAGAAAAUUUGAAUUUGGUGGCAAAAGGGACGGUGCUGCCAUCUAGCGGCCGGCAACACAACAUCGUCCAUCGCGCUACCGUGACGACGACGACGACGACGUCGGCGACCAGCAUCCAACAUCACUGUGACGACCUUAACGUCAACACAACACAGACAACCACCAGGGAACAUUCACUUUACUGGGCUGCCAUACAACAAUUACCUGCCGAUCCGGUCGAAGAGCACUUUGGCGAGCUGGGCGUCACGCGUUACUACAACGUCAACGGCGAGGUGAUCGACGACGAAGACGAUACCUUCUGCUAUUACGAAUGUCACUACCCUCCGUGCACCAAUAUGGAACGCGAGCUCAGAGAAUUCUCUAUUUGCGGACGGUGUCAGGAAGCCAGAUACUGCGGGACCUACUGCCAACAAAAGGACUGGCCCGUUCACAAAAAAUCAUGUCGGGAGCGGAAGAGACCUUACGUUGUCGAGCGUCCGCCAGAGCGUUAAUCUUCCCUCAUCAGCAAAUUCUUAGUUUUCCCACCUCCAAAGCAAACACUCACACAGUCCGAACUAACGAGAGAGAAAAAAAGAGACUCGAUUGUACAUUACGUAAGAAUAAAAAAAAAAGAAAAAAAAAAAAGAAAUUCGUAACGAGGGAAGACGAAACCAAAACCAACGAACCAGGAUAAAUAAGAUAAACACACAAGUCAGGAAAAUAAGAAAAAAAAAGAAGAAAAAUGGAAAACCAAACAAAAAAAAAAAGCAUUCAACUAACUCGGAAGCAUUGUCAUAUGGGAAUCAUCCAAUUAACCCGCAGCGCUACUAACGAUGGUGACGGGAUUUUUAGAUGCAACUAACAGAAACAUUCCUUUCUUUCCUUUUUUUUUUUCUUUUAUAGCAGUCAUUUUUAAUAUUGUCGGGAAUCACUGGAAAUGUCAAUCAUAUUAAUUUACAAUUAACACCAAACGUUUGCCUCCUCCUUCUUUCUACUCUUAUCCGUACGGACGAUGAAAUUAUCACUGUACAGAAUUUAAGUGUGUGUGUGUGUGUGUGUGUGUGCGCGCGCGUGUGUGCUCCACACGAGAGAGGUGAGAGAAUGGGGAUGGAUCCUGCGCAUUGUAUCUUUUUCUGUGUGUGUGAUGUGUGUUAUCUCCUCCCCCCCCCCCCCUCCCGGCCCUUGUUACUAUACUUUACUGGUGUUCCUAUAUGAUAAAGAGAAGAAAGAAAGUAACUUCCUCCCUCAAACUAGUUUUGAAUUUUAUUUUGAUUUUUUUUUACUAAAAUUUUUUUGGCUCUCUUUUCUUUUUGCUGAUCUCACGAUGACCUCUUCAAAUUCAAAUUAAAAAAAAAAAAAAGGAAAGAAAGAAAGGAACUGAAAUAUUCCAUGAUUACGGGGAUCCUUCUUUUUCCCCAUGAUCGACUCAACCGAUCUUCUCCAUGUUAUUUUAUCGUCCAGCAAUGUCUGAAUUAGAAAAAUUUCCUUUUUCCUAAUAAUUGUAUUGUUUUCCCAAUUUUUUUUUUCUUCUCGAGCUUAUGGGGGAUGGCAUACAGUUUGGAAACGAAAAAGGGUCACGUGACGAAGCCGAUGUCUAGUCGCACUAACAACCAAAUAAACCGCAUGGAACUUU